AUUCAACAAAGUAUAAACCAAAGCAAAAACAGGGGACGCACCAUUGAAGAUUUGAACCUGGUUCCCUAUUUGAAAUAGAAAGUGAGCAAAAGCGAGCAAAUUUGAAGUUGGGAAUUUGGGAAUUAAACAGAGCCACCGACUGGUUCAUCACAAAAUCCCAAUUGAUACUAACCAAAGGCAGAGUGAAGUGGUGAUAGUGACGGCACCCAAAACCCGCGAAAAGUUCAAACCCCCUUCGGAAUCAGAACCAGAAGCAGAGUGCUUUGAACCCCAAAACCACUCAAAACCCUGGAACCCCAAAAAUGGAUCCGAUUGUUGCGGCAAAUGGGCUCUCGUUCCGAGUCGGGUUCUCCGGCCACAGUGGCCACCUCAGGCUCGAGCCUCUUUCCACCGACGAGAGCUCCAACCCCGUCAAUUCACUCCCUGAUUUCAUUCUGCCGCCUGCAUUUGCUAGGGAAACGCCUGAAUCAAUAAAAGAGUAUAUAGAGGACACGUAUCUCUUGCCAAGAUUGGACCCUGAAGUAUUUUCGCCAGAAAAGGUUGGGAGGCAGUGGGAUUUUGACUGGUUUGAUAAGGCAAAUGUACCCUUGGAGCCAUCAUUGCCGCGUACAGUUGUGGUUCCCACAUGGGAAUUACCAUUUAGGCGCCAAAAUAAUGGGUCGGUAGGAGGUCAAUGGGAACCUAAAUCCGUGCAGGUGGAUGUAUCAGAACUUACAGUAGGAGCUCAAGAGUCUGGUUCCUUGCCACGCGUGGCUGGACCAGCAAAGGAUUAUGUACGGGGAAGUAUCAACAACCGCCCUUUUCGCCCAGGAGGCUUGGAUGAUUCCCAAUCUCUAGAAAGAGUUCUUCCUGAUGGUGCUUCUAAUGGCGAGUGGGUUCACGAACUUCUGAUUGGUGGCUCUGCUCAGGCUGUACCUCCAAGCUUUAAGCAAGGAUUGGGCCUUGGUGAUCUCAAGGCCUAUCCAUGCUCGUGGAAUGUAUAUAAGGAUCAAAGUUCACUGAAGAGUACGUCAGAUGAAAAGGUGGAUUUGCAGAGUGAGUUGUCCGUGCAGUUUGAUGACUUGUUCAAGAAGGCCUGGGAAGAGGAUGUUGUUGAAUUUGAAGGAGAUGGUCAAUUGUCAGGAUCAGAAUCUGUUAAGUCAGAGGAUGAAGCAAAUGAGGUUGAUGUUGCCAGAAAUUCAUGCGAGCCUGAGUUAUCUGUGUUAGAUGAGAUUUUGUCAGUUGAGGCAAAGUCAAUAUUCAAUGAAACUGAUGAUGAUGGUGAAAAAAACCCAGAGGCUUGGGCUAUCAGUGGAGGUACAGAACGGAUUGCAGAGAAUUUUCAUGAUCUUAUUCCUGACAAGGCACUUGAUUUUCCUUUUGAAUUGGAUAAAUUCCAGAAGGAGGCUAUUUAUUAUCUUGAAAAGGGGGACUCUGUCUUUGUUGCUGCUCACACAUCAGCUGGAAAGACUGUUGUUGCAGAAUACGCAUUUGCUUUAGCAUCAAAACAUUGCACCAGAGCUGUGUAUACUGCUCCUAUUAAAACCAUCAGCAAUCAAAAGUAUAGAGAUUUCUGUGGAAAAUUUGAUGUUGGACUUCUCACUGGUGAUGUUAGCUUGAGGCCAGAGGCAUCUUGUCUUAUUAUGACCACGGAAAUCUUGAGGUCAAUGCUUUAUCGCGGUGCUGACAUAAUACGUGAUAUUGAAUGGGUUAUCUUUGAUGAGGUGCACUAUGUCAAUGAUGUCGAAAGAGGUGUUGUUUGGGAAGAAGUUAUUAUAAUGCUUCCAAGACACAUCAAUAUUGUCCUCCUUUCAGCUACGGUACCAAACAAAGUGGAGUUCGCUGACUGGAUUGGACGGACAAAGCAAAAGAAAAUCCGUGUUACUGGGACUACAAAAAGACCAGUCCCAUUGGAGCACUGCCUAUUUUACUCCGGAGAACUUUACAAAAUAUGUGAAAGUGAAAGCUUUAUUCCCCAGGGGUUCAAAGCUGCAAAAGAUGCAUUCAAGAAAAAGAAUAUGAGUGCUGCCACUGGUGGUAGUGGAUCACAUGCUCCAGCUUCAGCUUCUCAUGAUGGGGCUCGAACUCAAAAACAAAGUUCUAACUGGGGAAAACAAAAGAAGCAAUCUGGUCCCCAAAAUUCGGGGAAUUUCUCCAAAGCUGGUGGAGCAAAUCAAAACAAUGGAAAUGGCAUGAACAAUUGGGGUUUAAGGAGAUCAGAUGCCUCUUUGUGGCUGUCACUUAUUAACAAGCUCUCGAAGAAGUCUCUGUUACCUGUGGUUAUAUUUUGUUUCUCAAAGAAUCGCUGUGAUAAGUCAGCUGAUAGCAUGUAUGGGAUUGACCUCACAAGUACUUCUGAGAAAAGUGAGAUUCGUGUGUUCUGUGAUAAAGCAUUUUCGCGGCUAAAGGGAUCUGACAGGACUUUACCACAGGUUGUCAGAGUUCAAAACCUUCUUCAUAGAGGGAUUGGUGUCCAUCAUGCUGGACUGCUUCCAAUUGUUAAGGAAGUUGUUGAAAUGCUUUUUUGUCGUGGUGUAAUCAAGGUUUUGUUCUCAACAGAGACAUUUGCAAUGGGAGUCAAUGCACCAGCUAGAACGGUUGUUUUUGAUACGUUAAGGAAAUUUGAUGGCAAGGAAUUUAGACAAUUACUGCCAGGAGAAUACACUCAAAUGGCAGGCCGUGCAGGCCGAAGAGGACUUGAUAAAAUUGGUACAGUUAUUGUAAUGUGCCGUGAUGAAAUCCUAGAAGAAAGAGAUUUAAAGCAUGUCAUAGUUGGAAGUGCAACCAGGCUUGAAUCUCAGUUCCGGCUAACCUAUAUUAUGAUCUUGCAUCUCCUUCGUGUUGAGGAACUGAAGGUGGAGGACAUGCUGAAAAGAAGUUUUGCGGAAUUCCAUGCUCAGAAGAAACUACCAGAACAGCAGCAACUUCUUAUGCGAAAGCUUGCACAACCUACAAAAACUAUUGAAUGCAUAAAAGGUGAACCAGCUAUUGAGGAGUAUUAUGACAUGUACUCAGAAGCUGAGACACAUAGGAAGGAAAUAUUGGAGGCAGUUAUGCAGUCCACUGUUGCCCAAAAAUUUCUUACAGCUGGGAGAGUGGUAGUCAUGAAAUCACAAUCAGCCCAGGACCACUUGCUUGGAGUCGUUGUGAGAGCACCUUCUUCUAGUAAUAAGCAAUACAUUGUUUUAGUGCUGAAACCUGAAUUACAAACUCCCCUGGCUAGUGGUAACUUGCAAGAUAGUAAAAACACCGAUUUUCCACAAGGUUAUUUCAUGGCACCAAAAUCUAAACGUGCUAUUGAAGAAGAUUAUUUUUCUGGCGUCACUUCUCGCAAAGGAUCGGGUGUCAUCAACAUAAAAUUACCACACCAGGGUUCUGCUGCUGGGGUAAGGUUUGAGGUUAGAGAAGUCGAUAACAAGGAUUUUUUAUGCAUAUGCAAUUGCAAGAUAAAGAUUGACCAAGUUCGGCUUCUUGAAGACGGUAGCAGUCCUGCUUACUCCAAGACAGUUCAACAGCUGUUGGACACAAAAUCCAAUGGAAAUAAGUACCCUCCAGCCUUAGAUCCAAUAGAAGAUCUGAAGUUGAGAGAUGUGAAUCUUGUGGAAAAAUACUACAAGUGGACUAACUUAUUGCAAAAGAUGGCAGAGAAUAAGUGCCAUGGUUGUUCAAAGUUGGAGGAGCACAUUAUGCUAGCAAGAGAGAUAAAGAGACACAAAGAGGAAGUUAAUGCUCUAAAGUAUGAAAUGUCAGAUGAAGCACUGCAACAAAUGCCAGAUUUUCAAGGCCGGAUAGAUGUUCUGAAGGAAAUUGGAUGUAUAGAUGCCGACCUUGUUGUUCAAAUAAAAGGCCGUGUUGCGUGCGAAAUGAAUUCAGGGGAGGAGUUGAUAUGCACAGAGUGUUUGUUUGAGAACCAACUGGAUGACCUGGAACCAGAAGAAGCUGUGGCGUUAAUGUCUGCCUUUGUGUUUCAGCAGAAGAAUACUUCCGAACCUUCUCUUACUCCAAACCUGUCUCAGGCGAAACAAAGAUUGUACAACACAGCAAAAAGACUGGGCGAGCUUCAAGGCCACUUCAAAGUUCAAAUAAAUCCGGAGGAGUAUGCCCGAGAGAAUCUCAAGUUUGGUCUUAUUGAAGUCGUUUAUGAGUGGGCAAAGGGCACUCCAUUUGCAGAUAUUUGUGAACUUACAGAUGUUCCUGAAGGCAUGAUAGUGCGGACCAUUGUCAGACUUGAUGAGACAUGCCGUGAGUUCAAAAAUGCUGCAUCUAUUAUGGGUAAUUCUGCUCUGUACAAGAAAAUGGAAACUGCUUCAAAUGCGAUAAAGCGUGAUAUUGUAUUUGCGGCUAGCUUAUACGUCACCGGAGUUUAACUAGCAACUUGAAGUUGAAGGUACACCUUUCCAGUUCAUCCUUGUAAGUACUGAAAGGGCGGAUCUGGAGAAGCAUACAUAGCCGGUUAUUUUGUUGUAUAUUACUUUACGUCCUGUUCCAUAUGCUCAAUUUCAACCAAAGUUCUCAAUGUUUUCACAUUUUUAACAGACGAGGAAACAAACGAGGUUUUUUAACUUUUCUUUUCUUCCUCUUUUGCUAACUAGGGCACAAAUUGUGAUCCAAAAGAAAAUGUUGUGCAGUUUGGGAUC